AAGAGCGCGCACUGCCCACUCAGCACCCUCCCAAUCACAGCCCUAUAACCGCCGCACCACCACGGCCACAGCCGAUCAACAACUUGACAACCACAUCCACUGCGACACAACAACCACCACACACAACCACACAACCCAACAGCCACUCAACCGUGUCACACAACAACCACAACACCAAGUCAACAACCACAACACCAAGUCAACAACCACACGCACCACCACCCCCCUCCCUCCGCGCGUCCGCGCACACGCAGCGAGGAGGAGUGAAGUCCGCCGCCGCAGCCGCCGCAGCAGCAGCAGCAGCCCCCAUGUCGUCGUCGUUGUUGUUGUUGCUUGGGGGGGGCCCGCGGGUCGCUCCCGGCUCCCGCCUGCUGGGCCCGCUGGGCCGGGCCCUGUCCCCGCGAGCCCCGGGGGCGGCUGCCCGCCGGGCCCUGCACUCGUCGGGGGCCUCCCCCACUCCCCAGCGGCGCCUGUCCGCCCCGCCGAGCGGCAACGAGCUGGCGCGCUGCGCCGGGGUGGCCUCCAUGAUGCGGCUGCCCGUGCGGGGGGAGGGCAGCGCGGGCCUCGACGCCUGCUUCGUGGGGACGCCCGUCGACACGGGCACCUCCAACCGGCCCGGGGCCAGGUUUGGGCCGCGUCAAAUCCGGAGUGAGUCGGUGAUGAUCCGUCCGUACAACAACUACACGCACGCCGCGCCCUUCGAGUCGCUGGCCGUAGCCGACAUCGGGGACAUCUACAUCAACCUGUACAACCAACAGAAGAACGUGCAGCUCAUCAGGGACGCCUACUCCACCAUCAUCUCCGGGGGCUGCCGGCCCCUCACCCUUGGGGGCGACCACACCAUCACAUACCCCAUCCUGCAGGCCUUCGCUAAGCAGUACGGCCCGGUGGGACUCAUCCACGUGGACGCCCACGCCGACACCAACGACCUCAUGCUGGGGGAGAAGGUAGCGCACGGGACGCCGUUCCGCCGCUGCGUGGAGGAGGGGCUGCUGGACUGUAAGCGCGUGGUGCAGAUCGGCCUGCGCGGGUCGGGGUACUCGCCCGACGACUACAACUGGGGCCGCCAGCAGGGUUUCCGCGUGGUGCAGGCCGAGCAGUGCUGGUUCAAGUCGCUCGCUCCACUCAUGAAGGAGGUCACCCAGCAGAUGGGCUCAGGUCCCGUCUACCUCUCCUACGACAUCGACUCGCUCGACCCGGCGUACGCGCCGGGCACCGGCACCCCCGAGACCGCCGGCCUCACGCCCUCGCAGGGUCUGGAGAUCAUCCGUGGCUGCAGGGGCCUCAACCUCGUGGGCUGUGACCUGGUGGAGGUGUCGCCUCCCUACGACACCACAGGCAACACGGCCCUGUUGGCGGCCAACCUGCUGUUCGAGAUGCUGUGCGUCCUGCCGGGAGUGAAGUACCGCUGCGAGCAGAGCGGCGACGGGGGCAGCGUCACGCACGAGUAGCGGCCUCGCCCAGCGGCCGCAGGGGCCAGGGCCUCUCGCGAGCUCUCACGCGUGUGGCCCGCGUCCACCAGCACCAACUCCCCUGGGAUGUGCCACACACAGAGCACCUCUGAGCUCGCUCCGCACCCCUCUAGUGAGAUGGCCUAAAUAUACAAUUACACACAGAUUAGUGUGAAGGCCGGAAUGCUUUGAUUGGCUCAGGGGAGGUCUUCAUCCAGAUGUUAAUUGAGCAUGGUUGAUGAUGACAUUUAGUAAACUCACGGGCGAAAAUUGUGCCCAUAACUCAGACCUCGGUAGGCGUCGUGCUUUGCUUGUCGUCACACGUCCUGGCCUCUGCUUGUGCCUACGCCAGAGGGGACUUGUUAAUGAGCCACGUGUCGUUUGCUCUUUCACCGCGUUUCCAGAUCCAGGGAAAUGCAGCGUACGCCAUUGAAUGUAACCAUAAUGACAACCAAUGUAGGGUGCAGGUCGGUCAACUCGGCAGGGGCCAGAGUUACCAUCGACGUGCAGGCGGGCGGGCCAGCGAGCGCCGCUGGCUGCCAGUAGGCGGCUCUGGCGAGCAGGCGGUCCCCGACCGCACACCACGCUCCGCUGCCAUCGUGGCAGACUUGUGGUUUACUGCCCAGGUCGCUGAUUCAGCUCGUUAUUUGAGAGGGGACCGGCGCAGCGGGGCCAGGACGAAUCCGGAGGGGGCGCCCACUGGUGGUUGUUGGGCACGCGACACGUCGCCCAGGCAAUGGAGCCCCAGGUCACACGGAGGAGGCUGCGCGUGGCCGCCCGCUCUGGAGGUCACGUUGAUCCCACAGCCGGUCACGCGCGUGAGUCGUUGGCAGGGUUGUUGUUGUUAUCCAAAUUUCAACACGUUCGUCAUUAACACUGCCCAUAAAACAUACACACAUAUAUAUAAAAAGGAGUGGCCCAUUUUCACCAUCUGCUAUGAAGAAGUGCCUUUGCCAAGUACUGUGUAUGUUUAUAGUUUUCUCUUUACGGCAGUACUUUUAAGGAACAUGUCGAGCCCUUGCUUUCUGUGCUUAUGCCCCUCUGCCACCGCGAAAUCACAAAGAAUAGAACGUUAUUACUGAUAAGAGAUGAUUACGAAUCUCAAGCAAGCAAUGACCUGGAUGGUGUAGACACAAAGGCUGUGAUCGUCAUGAAUGUUUGAAAUGACCACGUAUCAGGUUCACACGCUGUGAAUGCUGGAGACAGAAGAUUUUAAGUAUACAUUUUUUAAUUUGGCAUUAAAAAAUAUACACAUUCUUAAAUCUUUAACAUUCCAAUGCGGUGGCCGGGUGGCUAUUAGGUCAGGGCACUGAGCCCGGCACUGCUGAGAUCCUGGGUUUGAAUCCAGGUUUCAGCCGCCCAUGAAUAAAUCUGGUUCUCAAGCGUAGCGAGUUGAUGAUAGUCUCAUCCGGUCACCAGUGACUACCAAAAACACAUACAUUUUGGUAAUGGUCUUAAUGUGGCAAAAUUCCAGUUUAACCGGCACCCAUAAUGCAGGUUAACCGGCAUGCGAUGAAUAUGACUCUCGGGGGCAGAACAGGUGGGAAAGUGCCGCCACUAAGUGUGGAGGGCAUCUUGGAAGGGAUCUCAGAGGUAGCUCCUUGAUGUCUGCUUCCAGGGCCGUUUUCAAACACAAAGGGUUGCACUGCUCUGCCAGAGAUCUAAAUGGAAUCUUUGCGUCACCCAUAGCGCGAUCAUGUUGACAUUGGGGGAAAAGACAAACAAUAUUUUUCAUCUUCGUUUCGUUGCGUGUGUCUUUAUUUACCCACAAAUCGCUCCAGAGUUACAGGGUUCAAUUCCUAACUUUCUGCAGAUGCAGUGGUGAAUGUAUCGAACAAUUGACCCACCUCCCAGGUCUUUUGUGCAUUAAAUAUAAUCAUUAACUGUGAUCUUCAUCAGAAUCUUAAUUAAUCUUGGAGAAGCCCGAUGAGAAAUUAAGCUCUUUUUCACAGAUGUCCAGUAAUGAGAUAAUUAACUCAUUAAAUCGUGAGAUUCGCUAUAAUGAG